UAUUCGGAAACGACAUCGUUUCAAGUCUCUUCUUCUUCCUCCUCGAGUUCCGAUAUUUGAUUGUCGGAAACAAACCCUAGCUAAAUCCCAGCGUCUCCUCUGCUCAUACUCAAUUCGUCUGCCUUACUGCUCCUCUCGGCUUUAUCCAGGAGGAUAGAGAGAUGAAGAUAGCUAUUGAAGGGUGUAUGCAUGGAGACCUCGACAAUGUGUACAAGACAAUCCAACACCACGAACAGAUUCACAACACUAAAGUCGAUCUCCUCCUCUGCUGCGGCGAUUUCCAGGCUGUGAGAAAUGAGAAAGACAUGGAUAGCCUUAGCGUACCUAUAAAAUACAGAGAGAUGAAGUCCUUCUGGAAGUACUACUCCGGCCAAGAAGUCGCCCCCGUUCCCACUAUUUUCAUCGGUGGGAAUCACGAGGCUUCCAACUACUUGUGGGAGCUGUAUUAUGGAGGUUGGGCUGCCACCAACAUCUACUUUCUAGGCUAUGCAGGGGUUGUCAAGUUCGGUAAUCUGCGAAUCGGAGGCCUUUCUGGUAUUUACAAGGGGCGAGAUUACCGUUCAGGACACUAUGAGCGGCCACCAUAUAACCAAAGCACAAUCAAAUCAGUCUAUCAUGUUCGUGAGUACGAUGUCCAUAAGUUGAUGCAACUUGAAGAGCCGCUUGAUAUAUUCCUCUCACACGACUGGCCUGUUGGAAUCACUGAUUACGGUGACGCAAGAACACUUAUUCAGCAAAAACCCUUCUUCCAGGAAGAGAUCGAGGCGAAAACGCUUGGAAGCAAACCAGCGGCUCAGCUGCUAGAGAAACUGAAGCCUCGGUAUUGGUUCUCAGCUCACCUACACUGCAAAUUCGCUGCUGCCGUUCAACACGGGAACGAUGGCUCGGUGACAAAGUUUCUUGCCUUGGAUAAAUGCGGUCCAGGGAAAAAGUUUCUACAGAUCAUUGAUAUAGAAUCAGAGCCUGGACCCUUUGAAGUCUUAUACGAUGAAGAGUGGCUAGCAAUAACACGAGAGUUCAAUUCUGUUUUCCCGCUAACACAGAGACCAGCGAGUUUCAGCUCUGCUGCAAUGGAUAUACAAGAGAGCCGAGAGUGGGUGAGGAAGAAGCUAGAGGAAAGGCAAUUUAAACCUUUUGAGAUGGUAAAGACGGUGCCUGCAUAUAACCCUUCACAACGUAUCUUUGAUCCCAUACCUGAGAUCCCGCAGAAUCCUCAGACAGUGUCUUUGUUAGAGCUUCUUGGUCUUCCAUAUCUGCUUGAUUCAUCACCGGUAACAGGUGAAAGAACCGCCAUCCCUGCUUCACCUGUUGGAACAGAUGCCAUGUGUAUUGCAGAGUUUCAAACUUAUAGUGAAGAAAUCCCUAUUGAUGAUAUUGAUGAAAUCGAAGAUAUACCAGAAGUGGAAGGAGAUAACAUACCACACUAGUAGUGAUUUUGUGAUCAGAAAAUAUAGUGAUUUUGUGAUCCUACAUUUUGUUUUAUUAGUAUAACUUUUAUUUAUGAUGUAAAAACAAAGUGAACUAUUCUGUUCACAUUUCUUUGUCUACUUAGAA